AUGGGACUUUCUUUUUCCUGCCCAUUGGCCGACUUUGCCAACUUGGAAAAUGGUGUCCAAUCCUUUAUCAUCAAAUCCAUACGUUUUGGAGACGAUGGAGUCAAGACUCCAGCUCGUUCUAUCAGUUCCAAUAUCCAAGGUUCAGAGCCGACAAUAACCAAACCCUUGGGCUCUGGAGUGAUGGCACUUGAGUGUGCCGUGUGCUUGGAUGAGAGGAAUUCGAAGAUGGUAAAUUCAAUCAAGUCCCCAUCUUUGAUAUCGAAUGAACAGAAGCAAGUGCCUGCUACAUCAGUUAGCCCAAAACCUCAUGAUGGGAACAAUCAGAUCCCGAGAUCUGUUGGGAUGGCUCAGGAGCGGUCUGUUUUGGAUCCCCGAAGUCCUAAACAUGAGGCAGCUGUGAAAUUACAGAAAUUUUACAAAAGCUUCCGCACUAGAAGGAAGCUGGCAGAUUGUGCGGUACUUGUUAAGCAGAGCUGGUGGAAGCUCUUGGAUUUUGCUGAGCUCAAGCAUAGCUCUAUAUCAUUCUUCGAUGACAGGAAACAGGAGACGGCCAUUUCACGUUGGUCGAGAGCAAGAACAAGAGCUGCCAAGGUUGGAAAAGGUUUGUCGAAGAAUGAUAAUGCUCAGAAACUUGCAUUACGACACUGGCUUGAAGCGAUUGAUCCGCGUCAUCGUUAUGGGCAUAAUCUCCAGUUUUAUUAUAUCAAAUGGCUUCACAGUCAGAGCAGAGAACCCUUCUUUUACUGGUUGGAUAUAGGAGAAGGCAAAGAAGUAAAUCUCGAGAAAUGCCCCAGAGCAAAGCUUCAACAGCAAUGUAUCAAGUACCUUGGCCCGAUGGAAAGGAAGGCCUAUGAAAUUGUCAUUGAAGAUGGGAAGCUCUUCCACAGGCAGAGUGGCAAGCCCAUCCACACCACAGGUGAACCCAGGGACGAGAAGUGGAUUUUCGUCCUGAGCACGUCGAGGGUAAUGUAUGUCGGUAAGAAAAAGAAAGGUUCGUUCCAGCAUUCCAGCUUCUUGGCUGGAGGAGCUGCAGCAUCCGCAGGGACAUUAGUUGUCGAACAUGGCAUAGUAAAGGCAGUCUGGCCUCACAGUGGCCAUUAUCAGCCCACCAAAGAAAAUUUUGAGGAUUUCAUCUCCUUUCUCCAAGAGAACGAUGUGGACCUCACUGAUGUAAUGUUGAGUCCAGUGGAUGAGGAAGGCAUGACGCCUAGCAGGAAAAGCAGCGGUCUUUAUUUACGAAGCAACCCAUCGGAAGAGGAUUUAACGCAAAAGACGGAUGCCUCGGAGAUUGAUGUUUCGACCUUGACUGAAAUAGAAACAGAUCCACUGAACAAAGAGGGUGGCGAUUCUUCAGGACUGGAGUUGCCCAAGCCAAGGCACCUGCAAAGCUUCGUUAGGAAAUUGACCAGUCUUGAAGUACCAAACCAGCGUCAGUUAUUUGAAGACCUAGAGAGCGAGAAUCUAGAUGGUCAUGAAACAACGGAAGAGCCUUCUGUGUCUGAACCCAAUUACAUUGUUCCAAAACCUAACUGGUUUGACGAACAUGGAGAGAACGAAGUAGAAACUACACCAGAGGAAUUGGUCGUACAAAGGAUUAACUCGCAUAAAGAAUCAAAGUCAUCUCAGCAGGUAAUGCAAUUUCCCUACAAAUGGACGACAGGAGCAGGGCCCCGCAUUGGUUGUGUGAGGGACUAUCCCCUGGAGGUGCAGGCUCGAGCUCUAGAACAUGUGAACUUGUCUCCGAGGAGUGCAGGUUUUUCAAGGUCAUAUUCCUCUCCGCAAACAGCUAGUGCAGUUACACCGAGGAAAUUGAGGUCGCCUUCUUCAGUGCCAAGACUAGACUCAGGCUCAUCCGAACACAACAGUACUUCUUUAUCUAACAUCGGUGUUCAAGACUCUGCAGUGAUGUCCUCACCUCUGAAAGGGAAAGCAUCAGCAUCGUGGACUAGUGCCUAAG